AUGAGCCUCCAAAAUGCUAAAAGAUGCGACCAAGGCACACGGAAGGCAGGUUCGUCGCCGAUAAGCCUUCCAGCUCUUUGGCUGUGCUUCGCAAUCGCGAUGGUCCUGCCCGCGGUGCAAUUCCCGUUUGCCGAUGGAUAUCGUAUGCAGCGAACCCAAUCCAGUUGCUACUACAAUGGGACCCAUUUUAUGGAAGGUUCAAUCGUACCGACGAAAGAACCGUGCCUGAUGUGCAAAUGUACGGAGAAAACGCUGAUAUGCGCGCUGAAAGUGUGUCCAGAACAACCGAUUCCACCACCGAGGGGAUGCAUUUUGGUGCAUAAAGCCGGCUCCUGCUGUCCGUAUUUGCAGUGCUCCAAAUUAAAUCUGGCAGUGAAAAAUAAUGGCGAUCGGAAGAAGCUACACUUUUUGGAUUACUACGAGAAGGCUGCUCAGGAGCGGUUAGAAAAUCCUAACUCGUAUCUGAGACGAUCGGAUGAUGACGAGGUUGAGGACAAUGGAGCUUGUAUCAUAAAUGGAACAGUGUACAAAUCAGGCUCCGCCAUGGUUAGCUCGACACUCUGCUCUUACUGUUACUGCAUCAAUGGGCGUCAGAAGUGUGUUAAACCCAAAUGUGCGCUAGCCAAUCAAAAGUGUGCUCCAGUGUUUGUGGAUUCUGCCUGCUGUCCCAUUCGAUACGAUUGUAGUGGAAAAACUCCUAUCAAAACUAGUGCCACUGAACUGUCCACCGAGUCAGCGAAUCAUGUACGACGGAUCAACAACAAACAUUACCAACGCAUGUCGGAACGAAGAGGGUACCGUAGCAAUGGAUGUAUAUCCGCUGGCCAUACGUACCCAGAUGGGGAGAAGAUGAAGUCGGAAGACCCGUGUGAAGUGUGCUACUGCAUAAGAGGCCAGCGAAAGUGUACAGCGAAGAAGUGUGCACCGGCCAUCAAGGGCUGUACGCCACGAGUACCGCGUGGAGAGUGCUGUGCGGUACGGUACGAUUGCAAACAUGGCGAGCAGAAACCUUUCGGACGCAAAAUGGAAGACGAGGAAGAAUCGUUUGACUUUUUCUCGAUCCUCUUCGGACCGGAUCCGGACGCACCGAAAGAGGAGGCGAAGAAUGUGACCCAAACCGUGGAGGUACCCGUUACUGAAGCGAGCCCUGUAAGUACAACGUCGGAGAAAAGUUUUCUCGAUUUGUUGCGUGCCGGGCUUGACUUUAUCGAUGAUGCUGGAGAGGAUGAGUUGCUUCUAAGCACCACUUCAGGCACGGAAGGAAGCAGUACGUUUGCGUCGACAGAAGCACCACCCGAACUGCAGACGGUUAAGGUUGAGAUCAUUCAGGAACCUCAAGCAAUUUACAUUGAAAAACCAGACUUUAAUUUCCCCGUACGAAAACCGAUUCCGUCGGUACCGAUUAUGUUUAAACCGCUGCCGAAGAUACCGACAUUGUUGGUGAACGAACCGGAUUUCCAGAAUCUUGAAUCAGAUUCGUUGCUGAAGGAAAAUCCGACAGAGGUAUCGAAUUCAUUGUCCGAAACGACGCUGAAGAAUGUGCCUACUACGGAUGUUUAUGAGGAAAAAACGGAAACAGUAGAAUUGACUGUCCCAACGACUAGUACGGAAAGAACAACUACGCCCAAGAUGAAACAGAUACCGACGACAACGAUAGCUCCUAGCACUACUAAAUCAACUGCGAGAGUUACGACUACUACUCAGACGAGACCAGUUACUACUACGACUACCACGCGGACUAGACCAGCUACUACUACAACGACGACAACAUCUACUACAACAGCUGCUCCAACUACUACCACUUCCACUACGACUGCUACUGAAGCAUCAACUACAACUUCGACUUCUACGACCGAGGCUUCAACGACAACUACUACUGCUGCUACUACUACAACUGCAGCUCCUACUACAACUCCGACUGUACGAACUACUACUACAAAGCAAACAACUACAGAAGCUCCAACGACUACGACUAAAAUCUCAACUACUACUAUACCAACUACUGUCGUUGCAUCACAGGACGAUUCUUCAGGAGAUAUCAUUACAGUUGAACCGUCGACUACAAUUACUUCCUUGAAGAAAGAAAUACUAUUUACGUCUUUAAGCUCUUCUCUUAAGGCUGAAUCUAUCAAGACAAUCGAGAAGAUCCUUUCAACUGUUGCGCCUACAUCACCUUCCACAGAAACUGUCAAGGCCACAACAACACCAUUACCACUAUCAACAAAAAAACUGGUGUUAUCGGAGAAAUUAGUACAAACAACACCGCAACCAAGUGUCAUUAGCUCUACCCCAGUCGAUGUUGUUAUAAAAAUCGAUCAACUGGUCGACAAACAAACGGUAGAAACCAUUAUUAACUCGCUGAAUGCUAAAAUAGAAAAGGUAACAAGGAUAACGGCUACCGAACCACUAACCACGACAACCAUAGCAACAAAGCGUCCAAAUAAUAAAUUUGUUGGCUUCGAACCGGAAAAAAUACCAACGACAGUGCUCUCAAAAAUGACCACAACUACGACGGAAGCGACCGAAACGACUACUUUGACGAACGAUCUUACUACAGCUGUAACGACUGAGGCUGACGUUACUUCAACGAUUGUAACAGAAGGCACGACCAUGAUGAGGGAGACUAAUGAUCGGCAAACGGAGGAACUAAGUACUAGCACGCAGAGAACAAGCGAGAGCGAGGAGUCGACAGCGAUGACUUCAACCGUCAUGCCUUCUGAAACAUCGACGAUGCAGGAGGAUGGUUCGGCUGAGAUAUCUACGGAGGGAACAGAUACAACUGUUAUCCCGUAUACGGAUACAACCAACGAGGAACUGAGAACGGAAGCUUUUUCUGUAGAAAAUAACGAUACAGCAGCUGCUACUACGGAGACGAUCGCCCCAAUCGCACCAACAAAACCCACACCACCGGUAGCAACUCGUCCACCUAACCCACUGAAGGAUAACAAUCUUCUAUCAGUACUGCUGAGUGGACUUUCCAACAUUUUCGACGCUACGAAGAACGAUUCCGGGAAACAGAAAAAUCGUACCGAGUACAGGCCCGUCACACCGAAACCUAUUCCAAUCAGUGGCUUCCACAAGGUAAGCAACAUUCCUUCGAUUUUGGAAACGGAUAUUGGGAUGGACUAUGAUGAACCAACGUUGCCACCGAGUUUACCGAACCUGAAGAUUAUUCCCUUCCUGCCGGCGGAUGCGGUGAAAAAGAAUGAACCUCCAAAGCCGGCACAGGUUAUACCACCAACCUACACGUACUUCAAGAACCAUCCGAACAACUAUCCGAUCGUGAACGAUCCUUAUGAGGCACCGACCGCUUACGGUAUGAGCAAUGAGCACGAAAUUCUUCAUCCAGGAUUAACGUACAAAGCACCCGGUAAACCGAUAGCGGAGUACGAAUAUUCGUACGAUCCGGCGAUCAACUAUCCAGCACUGACGGAAAGCUAUGAUGUGGAUGCAAAGAAUGGGUACUACAAUACGAAGAUAAUACGUGAUAAGUAUGAUACGGUGGAUGAGAUGGACUAUGACUACGAUACGGACACGAUACACAAAUACGCGGAGCAUCCACAAAAGCAGGAUCUGUUUAAGAACGAGCUGAAGAAGUUUAUCCCCACAAAGUAUGAGGUACCGCAGGAGGGUACAUAUGUGCCGGUAUAUGAUAAGUACGGUGUGGGUUAUCCGGAGAAAAAUGUCUACUACACGAACCACAAGGAGUUGGCGUACGGUGGAGCGAAGCUGGACAAGAUACAGGCAAGCACCGAUAAUCCACUGUUCCGCAUCGAUGGUACGGACAUGAGUGGGUUCUCUCCUCCAACGAAAACGGAAGGUGGAUUUGUACCAAAGGAGCCAAUAAAGGAUGAGUUCUAUUAUGAGAGUUACGCUACUACACCGUUCCCGAUCGAGCUGACAGACGAUCAUCAUGCGAAGUUACCAUAUAACGCUACACCAACUAGUUCCUAUGGAGCAACCCCAUCCAAUCCUUUCAUCGAUGUGAUCCGCACGGAACCAGCACCUCCACUGAUGUCUCUCAUCGAGGACAAAGAGAAACUCCUAUCGACACUACAAUCGAAAAACACCUCUCUGGAGGAUAUACUUGAAGAUCCAAGUGAAGCAUCCGAUGACUUUGAGAAGCAAAUCAUAUCGAUAACGACCGACACGAACUACCUUUCCUCGGUGUCCGAAGAACACGCACCAACACAGCGUACAACACCAUCAAAACCCAACUUUACCGGCUUUGAGUUAAACUUCCCCGUAUCGGUGCAUCACGCCGAAGAGCCUGUAUCGGAGGCAACGAAACCAGCUACCGGCCAUGCCGGUACAGAACACGAACCAGAGCCGAGUGGAAUGUUUAGUUUGGAAAACAUGCUCAACUACCUGCUACGCGAGGAAGAUCCAAUUAAUGAGAACAAGCUAAGAAAUACUACUGGAGGUGUCACACCGGCAGGAUCUCUUGGAGAUGGAAUUCCACCGUUCAAGACACUACCCUCUCGACUGACGGCAGUUUACGAUCCAACCGUUGGUUUGGAGGCUUCCCUUGGUGAUGUGAAACCACCCUCGGACGAAGAGUUACACGAAGGAACAGUGACGCUUAAGGUGGAGAGCGCUAAAAACGACACGAAAACACUUUACCGACCAUCGUUGCUGGAUCUUCCGUUCCUUAAUCCGGGCUUCCACACGAAACCGAUCAACCAGCCGCAGGAAACUGAUCCAGAGUCUCAGAAUGAGCUGGAUCGUUACGGAUACUCGGGUGGUGCACCAGAGCAUCGUACUGAUCAGUAUCAGGUGAUUGCAGAAGGAACACCCGGUGUUAACGUGGACUCGUACGUAGUUAACCCGGUGGAUAUUAACAAGCUGAAGCAACAUCAUUCUGAAGGUACGGCGGAGAUUACCAUGAAGUCGAAGGUGAAGGAUACGGUGGGCAUACUGAAGCUGGCCGGAUGUAACAUCUACGGGCGCAUGUACCGUGUGGGAAGGAUCAUAUCGGAGCUGUCCGGGCCAUGUCUGGAGUGUAAAUGUACUGAGGUUGGUGUGCACUGUACGCCUUUGGAUUGCCGGAGGCGGCGGUAA